AUGCAUUGUUACUCCAGGUCCUACCAGGUGGAGAGUAAGAAGCUUGUAGUGUGGGAGCCGAAUGGGAUGCAGCAGAUUCGUGAUCAAGAUCAAGAUCUCGCAACUUUUCUGGCUUGUCUCGCGCGCUCCGAGACUCCGCGAGAUUUUUCACAACGGCGGGGGGACGAGUUUUCUUUCAAAAGAUUAUAUUUGGAAAACUCGACUUUUACUUGGUUCCGGUGCAAUAUUGCUUCAGGCAUCAAAAUGAAACGGACAAGCAGGUUAUCGUCAAACUUCACCCUGUCCCCCACCAAGAGGCUGAGCAUGCUGGGCCCCGACAGCCCCAUCUCCAGGAGGCAGUCCAUUGCCGACACCUCUGCAAGAAAUGAAAACGUCUUUCUUGACGUGCCAGAGAAUAAUGAUGAGAAAGAGAAGAAACAGAGACAGCUCAAUCGCCUCCAGCAGCAGAUACAAUCCAAGACCUUCUCCCCCACGGCAACUACUUCAGACCACCGCAAGUCCAUCAGCAUAGUUUCAGGACUCACCAACCAGCAGCUGACAGAACAUUAUUCUAAGUGCAUUCAACUCUCAACAGAAAAUAAAAUAAAUGUCAACAAUGCCUUCAAGCUUCAACUCAUUGAUUACAUGUCGGAGAUGCUUCACAGAAGAGACUCAGAAAUGGAGAACUUUCAAGUUGCCAGCUGCACCCUGGAUGCAAGUGCCAAGAUCUAUGCCUAUCGGGUGGACAGUGUGCACACGGAUGCCCUCAAGAUGGCCGGGGGACUGGGCAGCUCCAAGGGGGAGAAGAGCAAGGAGGCAGGGGAGGAGAUGGACUGCCAAGAUGAGAAUGAAGGAAGGAAGGAAAAGAAGAAAAAAAAAAGGAAGAAGGUCAUCAUUGAGUCUAAUAUGAAGAACAUUAAUGUAAAAGGAUUUGACUUGGAUUUUCAAGUUGACCCACUGUUCAAGAAAAUGGCAGCACAGUUUGAUGAGGGACGGUCAAAGUGUGGUCCCUUCCUCACCUCACUCCAGUUUCUUGAUGAUUCAUGUUCUUUCGUGUUGGAUUCUGAAACUGUGCUUCUGAACUCUGGCAAAGUGAAGGAGGAACAAGCAAACAGCCCACUUGUGUCAGUGCCCCGAGUUGCAGAUAUGAAGGGAAAAAGAAUCUGUCCAACCUUUGCACCAUUUGAAUUCACCACAUGGAAGCUGGGCGAUGAAGACUCCUUCUGUGACAUUUCAAGACUGAGGGACACUGAUGAUGAGGACGAGGAUCCUGAGGCCGUAGAUGAGCACAAGUUUGAUGUUAAUGCAGUGCCUGAGCCAAUUUGUGACAUGGAUUUUGACAAUAACUUUUAUGAUGAUGGAAUGGACAGUGAAGAGGGUGACACAGUGGUAACAGUGGGCCAGGGAGGGUGUCAGAAGAUGCCUCCACCACUCAUGGAGGCUGUCCACCUCAAGGAUCACCUCGCCACCAUACCCUCCGAGUACUCCUACUUUGACAGCCACCGCAUGUGUGCCUGGGCAGGCCCCACACACUGGAAAAUAAGGCCAUUAUCAAAAACAAAACUUGGAGAGACCAAAAAUGACAAGAAAAGAAAGAAAGAGCUAAUAAAACUGACAUAUAGAGAUGAUGAAAAUAACAUUAGCAAGUUGUUCGCUGUGGACAGAAAGACCACCAAGCUGUCCCAAGCCACUCUGAAGACAUGGACCAAGGAGAAGACCACCAUGCCUGUUGAUCUACAUUAUGAAGCCAGAAAUUUCUUGAAGUUGUUUGGACGCCCUACUGUUGUAAUACAGAGACAAAGAAAAGCAGCUGCCGUUGAUGAAAGUAUUAAUGAGUACAAUUAUGACAACCAGAAUGACCGAGAAAAUUUCUGUGCUCAGGAUGACAAUGUCAGUGGCUAUGGUGACAGUUCCACACCAGGAUAUGAUAUGACAGAUAUCUUCAGUGAAACUGCUGUUGGCUCCCAACCUACAAAUGACUUGGAAAACAAAGCUUCAGAUUUUCUUGGCAACUUGGUUGCAGCACCAGAUAAGAUUGAAAAAGUCAACAUUGGUUAUGCUCGAACUGCAAAGAAAGUUGACAUGAAGAAAUUGAAAACAGCAAUAUGGGAUAUGCUAGCUGAUCCAUCAACUGAAAAGGAGAAUUGCAGACAAUCCGAGAACCAAGCUGAGAACAACAAAAAAGAUAAGAUGGAUUCUAACUGUGACAUUGAGUUCUCAUCUAUGUACAAAGCUCUUCCUCAGAGAUUAUCUGUUUCUAUGUCUGGGAAUAUUUCAGUGCCUCUUGUGUUCAUUGGUCUUUUACAUUUAGCUAAUGAACACAACUUAAAGUUAGUGGAUAAGGGUAACUUGAUGGACUUCACAGUCAUGCAAGGAUGAACUAGUGUGGAAGGUGACUCAACUGUCUUGAUGUACCUGAUGUGGAUAUGUAUGCAAUAAUUUAAAAAUGGUUACUGCCAGUACACUCAGAUGUUGGCACUUUACAUUGUUGCUCUGCUUCAUUACUGGUCUUUUCAAUACUGUCCUUAUGGACUUUGAAUUGUUAAUGUAAUUGUAUAUUUGCAUUAUCAGGGACUGGAUGAUUUUUCUUUAUCACUUUUAAAAUAUCAAAUAAAAGGAAAAUUAAAAUUCAAAACAUUCAAUACUUAGAAGUUUCCAUGAGGAAUUGUUGGAUAUGAACCUCUGCCACCUAUGCCAUCAAGCACUUGGCCAUCCUCAGGUGUGGCCUGUUCACUUGUUAUAACAGUAUCCCAGCCAUACUGGUUGUAAUUCAGCAGCAGGUUUGCAUGACUUAGGAGUCAGAUUUGAUCCCGACCAGGUGAUGCAUGCAGCAACAGUUCUGAAGUGUAACCAUGAUGCUGUACAUGUCUGUACAGCAUAUCUGCUGUAGUCUUGGAGUGGUUACUGUCACAGAUUAGUUCUCUAUUGGCCUGCACACCACUUUAAAUUUUGGCUAGAGUACCUGACAUCUAGACAGCUCAGCUGUCCAUCUGUGCACUGGGGGUACAUGAGUCUUGUCAUACAGUGGCUUGGCAGCAAAGUUGUGGUAUUUACUUUAAUGAAAAAUAUUGCAAUUUAUGUAACUGUCCCCCCCACUCUUAUGGUUUUGAACACUUGAACAGUGUUUUUGUCUGACAAGACUGCCAAGCUUAUGCCAGGAAUAAUGAUUGUUAAGUAUGAGAUCAUAUGUUUUUGGCAUGGUAAGCAAUAAACAACAACACUGUUGAGGAGAUAAUUUUCAGUGCAACUCUCUAUGAUAAUGAUGAUGAUGAUGAUGAUGAUGAUGAUGAUGAUGAUGAUGGACCAUAAGUAUAUGUAGUAUGCCCACAAGUAUCCCCAAGUGUGUUCCAGAUAUGUUAGCAAGGAAUAUGGUGGCAUGUGUUGGCACACCACACGAGGCAGGGAGCAUGUGUUCAUGAAAUAUUGAGAGGUUAUGUACACUAGAAUCCUCUUAAGUUAUUCUAAUCUGUAUUAUUCUCGAAGUCAUAUCAGGAACUAAUGAAACUAUUGUACACUUCAUUUAGAAGAGUUAAUUGUGAUGCUGUCUUUUUAAACAAUGCAGUGUGGCAAACUGAAGAAAUUGUUGCUUAUUGUAAUGGGAAAUACAAGUUACUUCAUUUUAUUCAAACACUAAAAGUAGUCUAUUAUGCUGAAUUUCCAUUGCUGCCUGCAUUCAAGAUCAAAACAUCCACUUAUAUACAUACUGCUGUAUGUAUAUAAGUGGGAGGAGUGGGAGGAUUGCUAGACCAUAUCUUUUUUUUAAGUGAAGGACUAAAGGUAAAGAAGGAUCCUCAGUCCCUAUUUUAGGUUGCCUUUUGUGGCAUGCAGGGAAUGCAGGACAGUAUUUUCCAACUUGGCUGUGAAGUGAGCAGCCAGGCCACACGUUCCCCACCACAGGGGACGACUUGUAAAUAUGUGUAUGUAUGAGAGACAGAUUUGAAUUAAUUUUUAUCAGGCUUCCUACAGAUUGCUGUAUAUUUUUAAUGCUAUAUUGUUACCGACUCUUCUGUAUGUAGAGAGAAAGUUUAAGAGGUCUGCAGUGUUGCAAACUGACAAGUGUGAAGGGUGAUGUGUUUAUGGAGUGCUUAAUUAAGACGGUUAUUUUUAAACCCGAGCCUUUAUUUUCACCAACUGGAACUAUAGAUUGCAGCAGUAUAUUUAUCAGAGUAUAGUAAAAAUUAUAUAUUUGGACAUAUAAUCAUGUAAUUUUCAGCAAUAUGAGAACUUAAAGGAA